AACAGCCGGCGAGAGUAAUUUUUUGGCAUUAUUCAUCGUGUUACUCUCAACGAAGAGGGUGAAGGCAAACAAGAAAAUUUGAUUCUUAAAUUCGCACCACAAACUGAAGCUCGUCGAAAUCAGUUUUCUUCUCGACCAUUAUUUUUGCGGGAGAUCAACGUGUACGAUAAGAUCUUGCCGUUUCUUAGAGAGUUUGAACAAUCAAGAGGUAUUGUGAUUGCGGAGAAUGGUUUUAUUGAAUAUCCAAAGUGUUAUCGAACUGUUGACAUGGAGCAAAAUGAAAAUCUCUUUCUUAAAGAUCUAAGCGUUCAAGACUUUGUUAUAAUUGAUCGAUACACCCAAGAAGUUACCGCUGAUCACGUAUAUUUGUUCAUGAAAGCGUUGAGUAAAUUAUUUCAUUUGCAUUGAGAGAUCAACAACCAGAAAAAUUCAAAGAAUUUGUGUCGAGUCUUAAAGAGAUGUUCUUGUAAAGCAUUCUUACGAUGCUUUUGUAAAAGAAUAUCUUGACGAACAAGCUGAGGGCAUAUUCAAAGUGUUGAAAAAUGAAAAUGAUACCCAUUUAUUGGCGAAAAUGAAGAAAGUCUUUGAGAACGGUGCACUUAGUGUUUGGAUGGGACCGAUCCUGGUUCAGUGAUAUCACAUGGUGAUGCCUGACAGAACAAUACCAUGUUUCGAUGCGAUGAAAAUGGAAAACCGAUUGAAAUAAGCCUCUUGGAUUGGAAAUUAGCACGCUAUUCAUCGCCAAUCAUGGAAUCAAUUAUGAAGACAGCAAAGAUUUUGACGUAUUUGACAGUUUUACAUCAGAAAAUUCGCGUAAUAAAUUCAACAAACGUACUAGUAUGAGAGAUGUUGUUGUCGAUAUGGCACGACUGGGAUAUGUCUAAAAUAUUGAUUGUUUGAAAAAUAUUCCGAUAUUAGCAUGAUACAUCAAAGAACAUCUAAACUGAUUUCACUGCGAACAACAUCUCUUUUACGCUAACAGCAAUUCGUACACGAACGAGUCAGUGUGACAGUUGGCGUGAGCGAGACAAGGUUUGACAGCGAACAAUUUGGUCGUGUCAGUUUAAAUGUUCUUUUAAUAUGAUAAAAUACAAAUAUAUGCAAAUGAAGCAGUAAACGAAACCAAAUAAAUUUAUUCUGCCAUUCUGAAGGUCAUUAUUGACCAUUGAGUGAACACUAUGUGGCACAUGCGGUAUUAUCUCAACCAAACACUGAUCACACGUGUAACUACGUUUGAAACGAUUUUUCAUCAUUAGUCAGCACAAAAUGUAAACAAUUAUCUGUGUAAUGCUACGUCAUAAAUAUAUCAGGCUGAAUAAAUUUAUGUGAUAAAUACGGUGUGCUAGCUUUGCAGUGAACAGAGUCUGCUUGCAUUUACUACCGCCAACUUUACGCAAUUAGGUUGAUGCGAUCGCUAUGGAGUAGUAAAGACAAGCUUUAUUCAGAGUCUGCAAAAUGGGCGCACUACAUUUAUUGCAUAAAUAUAUUCAGCGUGAUGUAUUCGUGACGUAGCAAAGCCUGGUGGUUUCUCUCUGAUGAAUGUUCUGAACUCAAACAACUCUUAUGUGAUUGGAAUACAACAAGACAAUUCAACAAUUUGAAUGUUGUGAUUUAAAACUCGAUCUCGGUCAGAAGAGAAAUCAUAUACGUAAUCCGCAACGGGUCAGUGAUUUUGGUUGCAUGAAACACCAUUAAAUUGCUUAGUCACCGGCUGAAGAUCAUGAUCUAGUCGACCACCUGCUGUACCUAUUUUGGAAGCGAAUAUAUUAUUUAAUAGAUAGUGCGUAGAAUCUAAUGGCAAUAAAUAGCAAUCAUCUGUCAAACUCAAUUCAGUUUGGUUUAACUAUUCAUAUCGUAUGGUUGUUGAUUGAACAUUCGUUUAAAAGUAGUUUGGUUCGUUGUAAUGGGUGUGUGAUAGUAGCUCAAUACCUCGGUAGUUUCAGUCACAAUUUUAGUUUAGGUGCCAGCAUAACAAGUAUUCAUUCCGAUUUUGAGUGAAUUCUUUGAAUAUUAAGAAGAAGAGAAAGAUUCUAAAUCAAAGCAAAAAUUGAAGACAAAAAACCAAAACAAUAAAAAAGACCGUAAUUUGAAUACGCAAGAAUAAUGGUUGAAAUGGAUUUAUCUGAAAUUCCGGGUGAUGUAAUUCGCGCAGCACUUUGUGAAACGAUCGAAAACAAACUAAAGUCGAAUAAAUACAGCGUCAGUAUUACAUCAGCAUCAACAGCGGGUGAAAAUAAUUUCGUUGGUGUCGUUUAUCGAGUAGCAUUCAAUAAAAACGAUGAAACCGAUAAAAAUGCUGCGUCGAAAUUGAUUCUAAAAGUUGCACCUCAAAAUGUGGCACGACGUUCACAGUUUAUGUCUAGAAUUUGCUUCCUACGUGAGAUCUACAUGUACAAUGAGGUGUUACCGUAUUUUCGGACGUUUGAAGCAUCGAAAGGUGUGAUUCUUGAAGAAAACGGCUUUACUGAAUACCCAAAAUGCUAUCGAACCGUUGACAAAGAACCGAGUGAAUGUGUUCUACUCGAAGAUUUGAGUGUGCGUGACCUUCACAUCAUCGAUCGUUACACGGAAGAAAUUACAGCCGAUCAUGUUCGUUUGGUGAUGAAAGCGUUGAGCAAGUUACACGCACUUUCGUUUGCCUUGAAAGAUCAACAGCCAGAGAAAUUUAAAGAACUUUCAUCGGAUUUGAGUGAAGUUUUCAUUCGUCGAAAUGAUCCAUACUUAAGAGAAUAUUUUGUGAAAAAUACAAAUAGUAUUGUAAAUGUAUUGUCUGGUGAAGAGGACGCUCAUUUGGUGGCCAAAGUGAAGAAACUUUUCGAAAAACAUCCAAUGGAUAUUGCUGCUGAUUGCCUUGAGGUAGAGCUAACUGGACCCGCUACUGUCAUAUCACAUGGGGACGCAUGGCAAAAUAAUACAAUGUUCAGAUAUGAUAAAAACGGGAAACCGAUCGAAAUCUGUCUCUUGGACUGGCAAAUAUCGCGGCAUUCGUCGCCAAUCAUUGAUAUCGUUUAUUACAUGUUCUGUUGUACAACAAAACAGCUGAGAGACGCUCACUAUGAUGAUUUCUUGAAAGUCUAUCACGAGAGCUUGUCUACACAUAUUCAAAAAUUGGGCUCCGAUCCGGAAAAACUAUUCCCAAAACAAAUGAUGCAAGAACAUUUCCGUAAAUUUGGGAAAUUCGGAUUGCUUUUGGCCACAAUGCUACUUCCAAUGCUGACAACGGAGCAAGGGAAUGGAGUCAAUCUGGAUGAUCUUGCAGAAAGUAUUGAAAAAGGCGAAACAACCGAUGAAAAUAUUUUCAUAUCGGAAAAAUCGCGUAAUAAAUUCAAUGAACGUUUGCGAGAUGUUGUUAUUGAUAUGGUGCGAUUGGAGUAUAUCUAAAAAUUGUUUUCUUUUCCAUUUCUCUUCAAAUUUAUUAAUUCUUCUCUUGUUUGUUUUGUGAUCAAAUAAAAUAGCCCAAUAAGAAAGAAA